CCUUAUUCUAAAAUUGCAGAUUUACCUUCUCCGUUUAUUUUGUUGCAAAACUGUGCCACUCUGCGGAAUGGAUGCUUCUUUGAAUUCAAAGCAACUGAGACAAAUGUUCUUAUCGUUUUUUCAAGAGAAGUAUGCUCAUACUUAUAUUCACUCAUCCAGUACAAUCCCACUUGAUGAUCCAACUCUGCUGUUUGCAAAUGCUGGUAUGAAUCAAUUUAAAUCCAUAUUUCUUGGCACCAUUUCACCUGCUGACCCACUAUCUAAGUGCAAACGGGUAGUCAAUUCCCAAAAAUGUAUUCGUGCUGGUGGCAAGCAUAAUGACUUAGAUGAUGUGGGCAAGGAUACUUACCAUCAUACUUUCUUUGAGAUGCUUGGAUGUUGGUCGUUUGGUGACUACUUCAAAAAAGAUGCAAUUAAUUGGGCAUGGGAGCUUUUAACUGAAGUUUUGAAAAUCCCUAAAGAUCGACUCUAUGCCACUUACUUUGAAGGUUCAGAGGAAUAUAAUGUUCCAGUUGAUACAGAAGUUCAAAACUUGUGGCUCCAACACUUACCAGCUGAUCACAUUUUACCUGGAAACAUGAAGGAUAACUUUUGGGAAAUGGGAGAUGUAGGACCAUGUGGGCCUUGCACAGAAAUUCAUUUCGACCGAAUUGGUGGAAGAAAUGCUGCCCAUCUGGUAAACAUGGAUGACCCUGAAGUGCUUGAGGUAUGGAAUUUGGUGUUUAUGCAGUUCAACAGAGAAAAAGAUGGCAAGCUUAAACUAUUGGCUAAACAACAUGUGGAUACUGGUAUGGGCCUUGAAAGGUUGGUGUCUGUAAUUCAGGGGAAGCUUUCCAACUAUGACACUGAUAUGUUCACCCCUUUAUUUAAAGCAAUUCAACUCGGAACUGGUGCACGUGAGUAUCAAGGCAAAGUUGGCAAGGAUGAUGUUGACGGGGUGGAUAUGGCUUAUCGAGUUUUAGCUGAUCAUAUUCGCACUUUAACUAUUGCGUUGUCUGAUGGUGGUAGACCUGAUAAUGUAGGUCGUGGAUACGUACUCCGACGUAUAUUGCGGAGAGCCACUAGGUUUGCUGUUGAAAAAUUAAAUGCAAAGCCCCGUUUUUUUUCAAGCUUGGUUCACGUUGUGGUUGACAUUUUGGGAGAAGCUUUUCCAGAAAUCAUUCGAGAUCCUCAGAUGGUCAUUGACAUCAUAGAUGAAGAAGAGGAACAAUUCCUUAAAACUUUGAAUCGUGGCAGAAAAAUCCUGAAUCAAAAAAUUAAGAGUCUUGAUGCAGAUGCCAAAGUUUUCCCCGGUGAAACUGCGUGGCUGUUGUAUGAUACUUAUGGAUUCCCAUUUGACCUAACAGAGAUUAUGGCGGAGGAAUCUGGAUUAACUGUGGAUUGUGAAAGUUUUGAAAAGGCAAAAGCACAAGCUCGAAUUACUUCGAAAGGUUUUGCGCAAGAUGUUGCUGACACUAUUUGCCUGGAUGUUCACAUGUUGACUGAUCUUAAAGAGAAAAAGUUCCCACCAACUGAUGACAGUUUUAAAUAUCAAUACAGUAGCAAUGAUAAUGGUGAAUAUUCUUUCCCUGCAUGCACAGGUGUUGUUAAAGCUAUUUUGCAAAACAAAACCUUUGUUACAAGUGUUUCAUCUGGUGCAGAAUGUGGUAUUUUGCUCGACAAGACAUGUUUUUAUGCGGAACAGGGUGGACAGCUCUUUGAUUUGGGUUACUUUAAAAAACAAGAGGAUGAAUUUACAGAGUUCACAGUGAAGAACUGCCAGGUACAAGGUGGUUACGUUCUUCAUGUUGGAACAGUAGCAGGCACCCUGGAAGUUGGAGAUAGUGUUGAGUUGUUUAUAGAUGAACAACGCCGACAAAGUUUGAUGAAAAAUCAUAGCUGUACUCAUAUAUUAAAUUUUGGUUUACGCUGUGUUCUUGGAGAAGCUGAUCAACGUGGUUCUUUAGUUGCCCCAAAUCGAUUGAGGUUUGACUUUACUGCAAAAAAAGCAAUGACGUCACAGCAGGUCAAAGAAACUGAAGAUGUCUGUAAUCAGAUUGUCAAUAAAGAUGAAGUCAUAUACGCCAAACCUGUUCCUCUUGACCAAGCCAAGGCCAUACAUGGUUUGCGUGCAAUUUUCGAUGAAACUUAUCCAGAUCCAGUUCGUGUUUUGUCUGUUGGUGUUUCUGUUGACAGUUUAGUUGCAGAUCCAAAUUUUGAUGCUGCCAUGAACACAUCUGUUGAACUGUGUGGUGGAACUCACCUUCUGAGAAGUGGCCACGCUGACAAGUUUAUUAUUAUAAGUGAAGAAGCCAUUUCCAAGGGAGUUCGACGAAUUGUUGCAGUCACUGGUCAAGAAGCACUGAAGGCUGAACGGAAAGCUAAUUUACUUGCAAAGUCAUUUGAAACAAUAAAGAGUGAAGUGGAAAAAGGCUUGGUUAACAACAAAGAAAACUAUAAAACCUUUUCUAAGAAAUGUACUGACUUUAUUGAAUUAGUUAGUCAGGCAAGUAUCUCCCAGUGGAGACGGGAAGAGAUGAGAGGUUUCGCUUCAUCUUUGAAGAAAAAGGUGGAUGAUGUUGAUCGUGUUAUGAAAGAGAAUGCAACAAAACUUGCAUUGGCCCAAACUAAAGAAAGCAUUCAGCAAGACCCAAAUGCAACUUUUGUUGUUACUGAGUUAAAGACAAACGGAAAUGCAAAAUCUCUUAACGAAGCUUUGAAAAUCUAUAAAUCAGAAAGUCCUGAUACCUCAGUUAUGCUCUUCAGUAUUGAUAAAGAAGCAAAUAAGAUUGUUUGUCUCAGUCAAGUUCCAGCAAGUGCGAAUGAUAAAGGUUUAACUGCGAAUGGGUGGGUUCAAUCUAUUGCAACAACACUGAAUGGCAAAGGUGGUGGGAAAAGUACAAGUGCACAAGCUGUUGGUCGCAAUCCAGAUGGAUUAAAUGAGGCAAUUCAACUUGCAAAGGAGUUUGCCAAAGUGAAACUGGCAUCCUGAAAUUAAAUCUUGUAAAAUUCUGUUUUGAUAGAGACUUACUCUAUUAACAUAAGAUAAAAAUUUCAUGACUUCUAUAUUUCCUCUUGUUAGUACUUCAAUACUAUUAAUACCAAGUUCCGUUUUCUAAGAAUAUGUGUUCCUUUUUUAGUUUGAUAGAAUUAUUAACUGCAUGCUUACAUUGUAAUGUUUAAGUGGUUAUUUAACUGCAGGUGAACGGAAUUAUAAAAGUAAAAUGGUGAUACAGAU